AUUAUUAAAUAUUGAUAAAAUGGAGAAAAUAGCACAAGAAAAUGCAAAGAUAUUUAUAAAUUGGUAUAAGGAUUUAAUAGAAAAUCAUCGCGAACGAUUGUUCGCAUAUCUCGGACCAACUAUACAUUUAGAUUGGUUUGGACGUAGUUGUGUUGGUUGUAAAAAAGUUACGAAGUUAAUCAAUAGUUUAGAUCCAUUACGGCAUAUUAUCGAAAAUAUUGAACCACGAAAACAUCUAACAUAUCGUAAUAUGAAAAAUAUACAGCCGAAAUUAUUACAUAAAGAACAAGGAGAUUAUGACGACAUACAUCACGAUAGUACAAAAUACAUUGAUCCUGAAGAUUUUGAUGAUGCAUAUUAUGAUACAAAUAAAAUGUCGGUAGAAUAUGCCGACAAUAUUGUUAUACCACAUUCAAUUCCCACAAUGAUGGAUGCUCAAUUAUCAGAACCUAUACAACCGUCUGAAGAUGAUUUUCAUACACCAGAAAAAACAACAGUUUUAAUUGAUGUACCGUUAGAAAAUGGUGGCGGGGAUGGUGGACGAAUUUCUAUGAAAUAUGUUGUAGCCAGUGGAUAUAUAGAAACAAUAUCAUCAUCGACGACAUCACCAAGUUGUUCAACUUCCGCGAUGGAGAUAGUCGGUGGUGAUACGAAUAAACAAUUUUUAAAAUUAAAAAUAGCUUAUAGUGAAGAUCCAGUAAGCAACGAGUACACAAUUUGGUACAUUAUUUAUGAAAAUAAAAACAAGUGUCGGCGUAAUUUGAUGACUCAAUUUGAAAAUGCUUAUAAUGAAGAUGUAAAGAAAACAAAUUCGGGUACUCCCAAUCAAAGUUUUUGAUUUUUACACUUUUUCUUUUCUUUCAUUCUGUGAUAAUGUUAAAUAAAUAAAAUCUAUAACAAUUAUUGAAGGUGUUUUUAAAAAAAUGGAAUUAAUUUGUUAUAUGCUCAUAAUUACACUAUCAACGAUGACGUCACGACGUGUGAUACGGAUUCUCGUCGAUAAUAUAGUAGUAGACCCAAAGUGGACCACUUACUGAAGUUGAAGUUUUCGCACCAGAAUGAAUAAACAUUAUGGUAGGUCCACACGAUAUACCAACUUCACACAGACUUUUAUAAUAGAAUUAAUAGAAUUUUGUCUAUUUUGUCUGCGCAAAAAAUCAGUGCAAACAAAAUCGGUAUGAUGGUAUGACGAAUAUUCUAUAGUCUGUGUGAAGUUGGUAUCGUGUCGACCUACCAUUAAACUGAUCACUCUUUGCUUUCGUACAGAAGAAUAAAAAAGGAUUAAGUUUAAAUCACUAAAAUAAAGGCUAACAAAAUGGUUGCCAAAACUGUAUAGCUCAAUGACUGUCAUUCACUUAUAAAACUUGCGAAUUAAUACUUUCUGUCCAAUUUUUUUUAUCAUUGGCAAUCUACUUGGGGUCAUACUUCUCACUUUUUGAGCACUGUUAGAAGUGCAUAU